CACGUUUACGUCUCAUUUUUGGCAUAGUUUCGUGGAGUGUGGGAGGCGCUGCGUGCCUCUUUGUGCGUAACUCAAGCUAAAGCAGUGAGGGGAAUGUCGGCUUGUGAAUGAUCGGUGUUUGAGGCGGCAGGGAGCGUCAACGUUAUGGCUCAACAGAAGAACCUGGAAGGAUAUGUUGGCUUUGCAAGCCUCCCUAACCAAGUUUAUAGGAAGUCUGUCAAGAGGGGCUUUGAGUUCACCCUGAUGGUCGUGGGUGAGUCUGGACUGGGCAAGUCCACAUUGAUCAACUCUCUGUUCCUAACAGACCUGUAUUCAGCAGAGUAUCCUGGACCAUCACACAGAAUCAAAAAGACUGUGCAGGUCGAGCAAUCGAAAGUUUUAAUAAAGGAAGGCGGUGUCCAGCUGCUGCUUACAAUAGUUGACACCCCAGGGUUUGGAGAUGCUGUUGACAACAGCAACUGCUGGCAGCCGGUCAUCGACCACAUAGACAGCAAAUUCGAGGAUUACCUCAACUCGGAAUCUCGAGUCAAUAGACGACAGAUGCCCGACAGCCGAAUCCACUGCUGCCUUUACUUCAUUGCCCCUUCAGGACAUGGACUGAAGCCCCUCGACAUCGAGUUUAUGAAAAGGUUGCAUGAGAAAGUCAAUGUGAUCCCCCUCAUUGCUAAAGCAGACACUCUCACCCCUGAGGAAUGCCAGCAGUUUAAGAAGCAGAUCAUGAGGGAAAUCCAGGAACAUAAAAUAAAGAUUUAUGAGUUUCCUGAGACGGAUGAUGAGGAGGAGAACAGGCUGGUGAAGAAGAUAAAAGACAAGUUGCCACUAGCGGUAGUAGGAAGCAACACCAUCAUCGAGGUUAACGGCAAGAGAGUUAGAGGGAGACAGUACCCCUGGGGGGUUGCAGAAGUUGAAAACAGUGACCACUGCGACUUCACCAUCCUCCGGGAUAUGCUCAUCAGAACUCACAUGCAGGACCUGAAGGACGUGACAAACAACGUCCAUUAUGAAAACUACCGCAGCAGGAAGCUGGCCGCUGUCACCUACAAUGGAGUGGACAACAACAAGGCUAAAGGACAGCUGUCCACCAAACUUGACACAGUUGAAGGAAUGAGUCCUCUGGCCCAGAUGGAGGAGGAGAGGCGAGAGCAUGUGGCUAAGAUGAAGAAGAUGGAGAUGGAGAUGGAGCAGGUGUUCGAGAUGAAAGUCAAGGAAAAAGUGCAGAAGCUCAAAGACUCUGAAGCAGAGCUUCAGCGGCGUCAUGAGCAGAUGAAGAAGAACCUGGAGGCUCAGCACAAGGAGUUGGAAGACAAGAGACGCGUGUUCGAGGAAGAGAGGGCAAACUGGGAGACCCAGCAGCGCCUGCAACAGCAGCAGAUGGAGGCCACCAGGACCCUGGAGAAAAACAAAAAGAAAGGCAAGAUCUUUUAAGGACAGUCGACAGGACCACCCCAACUCAAGAAAUUUUUGUUUGCCAAUGUUGCCAGUCAGGACACCAGUGUGUGGCUCUGACAUUACCCCACCUCCUCCCAAUCUUCCUCUAUCCUCCCCUCUUCUCACCGCUCUCCUCCCCCUGUUCCUCUGUCCCUGCUCUGUCUGCCAGCACAGCCGUGCUCCUGCUCCCAGCCGCUAGAGGGUGCACUGGGGGCAUUUGUGGGUGUGUGAGGGGGCGCAGGGGGGGUCUGCAUGUAAGGCCAGAACAGCCUCUGCAGAGCCCCCUGGCUGCCUCAGGACUCAUCAUUGUUAUUUUCAUCAUCAUCCUCAAGGAAUGUGUUUACUUUAACAGCAGAAACAAAUAACCCCAUUUUUAGUAAGGCCAAACCCAUAUUAUUUUAAUGAUCAUCAUCAUUAUUAUUAUUAUUAUUAUUGUUGAUGUUGUUAUUAUUAUUAUUAUUGUUGUUACAACUGAAUACUGUCCUCCACCCCCAAAUCUGCUGCGUUCUUUCUUCCCAAGGUUGCUUUUAAAUGACUGGUGUGUGUAGAUUUAUGGAAAGCAUGAGAGAUGCACCAAUAUCGCAGGCGCCAUUUACCUGCGGCCGUGCCGAUGUUUAUCUUUUGAUUUAAUUUUAUGAUGAAUAAAUUGUUAGUGGUAUGAAUGCUGAAAGGCAUUCUUCACAGACCGUGGAAUAUAUACCAAUUAAUCUUUAUAAAUGGCGGCCAAAUUUCCCUUUUAAACAUCUGUGUUGGCCCGCAGUUUUACAAUCGUUUCAUCCCUUCAAAAAGUCAUGUCUGUACAAUCAGUUUCCAUUGUAAUACUUGUUUAUUGGAAAAAUAAAAGUAUAUGAACAUUUAACCUGACCUUCAAAUGUGUAUUAAAGUAAGAAGAGGACAAGGCAUUAACGAAUCAUUUCUGUUUUGGUUUUGAGUGUACCUGUUAAACCUGUAACCCUCGUCCCAUGAGCGCAGCAGGCUCGAACGAAACACUGUCGGCAGAAAAAACGAGAAAAUGCACCUUGGGCCUUUUUAUAGAUUUAAAAAAAAAAGAUGGCUAAAGCUUCUUUUUGUCUGAAAUAUAACGCUUUCUUUUUCCUGUGUGUUUAGCUAUUUUCACUAGCCUCGGACCACCAUUUAUAUUGUCAUAAGUGUUAUAUUUCACUUUAGUUUAUUUUUAUAUAUACCGAGCCAGCUGACGUAAUAACUUCUUUUGUAUGUUUAGAAAAAUCCUCAGAGACUUGACAGCUGCGUGUCCACUGUUAAAGAAAAACACUUCCAAAUAUUAACAGUGAUUCUGGACACAUUGAAAAAAAUUAAAUAAAAACAGCCCACAUGUUAUUUCAGUUACUCUGCGGAAACGAUCAGUGGGAAAUGAAGAGUCAACACCACAUUUUGCUUUGGCUAUGUACUCCAUCUCUGUAUUUUUAAUUUUAUUUUUCAUUUGUAAUGUACAAAGUCACUUAAUAAACCUGUGAUAUUGAA